UGCACGAGUUCAUUGGCGUACUCAGACUAAACAUAGGAUAUGUCAAAAUUUUGUGAUGGCGUCGAUGUUAAAGAAUAAAGAUGAAUUUACAUUUGAAGAUAAAUGGCCAUACAUGCACCCUAUAAUAUUGAAACUUCUUAACCAAGAACCAGUAACACAUGCAGAAUGGCAAGAUUUAUUUUACUCUAUUCACUUGGUAUGUAUGUGGGAUGAAAAGGGAUCUACAAAGUUACGCAAUCUUCUUAAAGAAAAUAUAAUGGAUUUUAUAAAGCAAGCUCAACAAAGAGUAUUAGCGCAUCAAGAGGAACAAGCAUUAUUAAAGGCAUAUAUAGCUGAAUGGAGAAAGUUUUUUGCACAGUGCAAUUAUUUACCUACCCCAUUUGGGCUAUUAGAAACAUAUCUUGCUGGAAAAAUUAGUUCUAGUGUACCGAAGAGAAAUCAGUCUGAUGAUCUCGUCAGGAAACUGAUGUUAGAUAGUUGGAAUCAAAGUAUAUUUGGUGAAAUAAAACAGAGACUCCAAGAUUCGGCUAUGAGAUUAGUACGUGCUGAAAGAAAUGGGGAAGCAUUUGAUUCCCAAUUAGUUAUUGGUGUUAGAGAAUCUUAUGUAAAUCUGUGUUCAAAUACAGCCGAUAAACUACAGAUCUAUAGAGAAAAUUUUGAAGCUGCCUAUAUAGAAGCAACAGAAGCAUUUUAUUGGGUUAAAGCGCCAGAACAAUUGUCAUUACAUGGAGUAGAAAAUUACAUGCGCUAUGCAGAAUCUAAAUUAAGGGAAGAAGAACUACGUGCACAAAAAUAUUUAGAACCAAAUAGUGCAAGUGUACAACUUUUAACUGAUUGUUGUGUAAGAGUUUUAGUAGCAACUUUUAAAUCAGUUAUACUUGCGGAAUGUCCAAGAAUGAUACAACAUCAUCAAACGGACGAACUUCGAUUAAUGUUAAAACUAAUGGAUAGAGUAUCAGAAGGGGUUGGUCCUAUGUUAAGAAAUCUUGAAGAACAUAUAGCAAGUGCAGGAUUAGCAGAUAUGAUGGCAGCAGUAGAUUUUAUUACUCAAGACUCGGAAAAAUAUGUAGAAAGAUUAUUAGAUCUAUUUAGACGAUUUUCCACUUUAGUGAAAGAAGCAUUUGAUGAUGACCCACGUUUCCUUACUGCACGAGAUAAAGCUUACAAGCUCGUUGUUAACGAUGCUACAGUUUUUAGACUCGAAUUACCUGCUCGCCAAGCUUCUGGCAUCGGUACAACAAUUGUAAACAAUAAACCUAAUAAUAAUAACAAUGGACAACCAGAAUCAAAAUGUCCAGAAUUGUUAGCUAAUUACUGUGAUAUGCUUCUUAGAAAAACUCCAUUAAGUAAGAAAUUAACUUCAGAUGAAAUAGAAAGCAAAUUAAGAGAUGUGUUACUUGUUUUAAAAUACGUACAAAAUAAAGAUGUUUUCAUGCGUUAUCAUAAGGCACAUUUAACAAGAAGGCUUAUAUUAGAUACAUCAGCAGAUUCUGAAAAGGAAGAAAAUAUGGUAGAAUGGCUUAGAGAAGUUGGUAUGCCUGCUGAUUAUGUCAAUAAAUUAGCCAGAAUGUUUCAAGAUAUUAAAGUAUCUCAAGAUCUUAAUCAACAGUUUAAAGAACAAUGUCGUGCUGCCAUCGCAGAUAGCAUAAAUAUAAAGAUAUUAAACGCAGGUGCCUGGGCAAGAGGUAGUGAAAGGGUUACUGUAAGUUUACCUUUACAACUUGAAGAUUAUAUACCAGAAGUUGAAGAAUUUUACAAAAAAAAGCACAGUGGACGAAAGUUACAAUGGUAUCAUCAUAUGUCAAAUGGCACGAUAACAUUUUCCAACCAAGUGGGUCGCUUCGAUGUGGACGUCACAACAUUUCAAAUGGCUGUUUUAUUUGCUUGGAAUCAACGGCCUUUUGAAAAAAUUUCUUAUGAGAAUCUUCGUCUUGCUACAGAACUUCCUGAUCCAGAGUUACGACGAACGCUAUGGUCAUUAUGUGCUUUUCCAAAAUUAAAACGUCAACUUCUUUUAGUAGAACCACAUGCAUAUAGUCCAAAAGAUUUUGGGAACGAUACAAGAUUUUGGGUGAAUCAAGAGUUUGCCAUAGUAAAAAAUGGAAAAUUACAAAAAAGAGGAAAGAUAAAUCUAAUAGGUCGAUUACAAUUAUCUACGGAAAGAAGUAAAGAAGAGGAUAAUCAAUCAAUCGUACAACUGAGAAUAUUACGAGUUCAGGAAGCUAUCAUCAAGAUUUUAAAAAUAAGAAAGAAAAUUAGUAAUGUUCAAUUACAAACUGAAUUAGUAGAUAUAUUAAAAAAUAUGUUUUUACCAAGUAAAAAGAUGAUAAAAGAACAAAUUGAAUGGCUUAUUGAGCACAAAUAUAUUCGUAGACACGAUGACGAUAUUAAUACAUUUGUGUAUAUGGCGUAACACCGAAAUAUAUAUCCAUAUAAAAUUG